AUGAAGUUCCUCGCAGUUGCUUCUCUGCUCUUUGCUAGCACAUUGGCUGUGCCGACCAGCCAAUGCGGCGAAUGCCAACAUCAUCAUCCUGGCGGCAAUAACCCCGGCGGCAACAACCCGGGUGGCAAUAAUCCUGGAGGAAACAACCCAGGCGGCAAUAAUCCAGGUGGAAACAACCCGGGUGGAAAUAAUCCUGGUGGCAACAACCCAGGUGGAAAUAACCCCGGCGGUAACAACCCAGGUGGUAACAAUCCAGGAGGCAAUAACCCAGGCGGCAACAACCCAGGCAGCUACAACCCUUGCCCAUCUGGUCUCUACGCCAAUCCUCAGUGCUGCUCAACUGAUGUUCUCGGUGUUGCUGGUCUGGAUUGCAAGAGCCCAUCAUCUGCCCCUACCAGCGGCGACAACUUUAAGGCAGUUUGUUCUGCUAGCGGCAAGCAGGCGAAGUGCUGCGUUGUUCCAGUAGCCGGCCAAGCCGUUCUCUGCACCGACGCUCCUGGAGGCAAUAACCCUGGUGGCAACAACCCAGGUGGUAACAAUCCUGGUGGCAACAACCCGGGAGGCAACAAUCCUGGAGGCAAUAACCCAGGCGGCAACAACCCAGGCGGUAACAAUCCUGGAGGCAACAACCCAGGAAACAACCCAGGUAACUCUAAAGUUUGCCCUUCAGGUCUUUAUAGCAACCCUCAAUGCUGCGACACUAAUGUCCUCGGCGUGGCUGCUCUCGGCUGCGGCAACCCAUCCUCCGCCCCAACCAGCGGUGACAACUUUAAGUCAACAUGCGCAGCCAGUGGCAAGAAAGCGGUCUGCUGUGUCGUUCCGGUUGCUGGCCAAGCCCUUCUCUGCGAGGACGCUAUCGGAGGCAACAACCCCGGAAAUAACCCUGGUGGCAACAAUCCCGGAGGCAACAACCCAGGAAACAAUCCAGGUGGUAACAACCCAGGCGGCAACAACCCUGGUGGCAAUAAUCCAGGUGGUAACAACCCAGGUGGUAACCCUCCUGCGUCUAAGGUCUGCCCUAAAGGUCUUUACAGCAACCCUCAGUGCUGCUCUACGAACGUCCUUGGUGUUGCGGCUCUCGACUGUAAAAACCCAUCUUCGACUCCUAGCAGCGGCGCCAACUUUAAGACUGUCUGCUCUGCCCAGGGCAGACAGCCUCUCUGCUGUGUCCUUCCUGUGGCUGGCCAGGAUGUUCUUUGCACCAAACCUGUUGGUGCUUAA